AUGUGAGAGGCCAUGGGCAGUCAGGGCAGCCCGGUGAAGAGCUACGACUACCUCCUCAAGUUCCUCCUGGUGGGGGACAGUGACGUGGGCAAAGGGGAGAUCCUGGACAGCCUCCAGGACGGCUCGGCCGAGUCCCCGUACGCUUACAGCAGCGGCAUCGACUACAAGACCACCACCAUUCUUCUGGACGGGCGGAGGGUGAAGCUGGAGCUUUGGGACACGUCGGGACAGGGGAGGUUCUGCACCAUCUUUCGCUCCUACUCCCGAGGGGCUCAGGGCAUCCUGCUCGUGUACGACAUCACCAACCGCUGGUCGUUUGACGGCAUCGACAGGUGGAUACGAGAGAUCGACGAGCAUGCUCCCGGCGUGCCUCGCAUCCUGGUGGGAAACCGCUUGCACCUGGCCUUCAAGCGGCAGGUGCCCACCGAGCAGGCGCGGGCCUACGCCGAGAAGAACGGCAUGACCUUCUUCGAAGUGAGCCCGCUCUGCAACUUCAACGUCAUCGAGUCCUUCACGGAGCUGUCGCGCAUCGUGCUGAUGCGGCACGGCAUGGAGAAGUUCUGGCGGCCCAACCGAGUCUUCAGCCUUCAGGACCUCUGCUGCCGCGCCAUCGUGUCCUGCACGCCUGUCCACCUCAUCGACAAGCUCCCGCUUCCCGUGGCCAUCAAGUCGCACCUCAAGUCCUUCUCCAUGGCCAACGGCAUGAACGCGGUCAUGAUGCACGGACGCUCCUACUCGCUGGCCAACCCGGCCGGCGGCUCCAAGGGCAACAGCCUGAAGCGGUCCAAGUCCAUCCGCCCACCCCAGAGCCCCCCGCAAAACUGCACCCGCAAUAACUGCAAGAUCUCCUAACUUUCAUUUUCCCCUCCGGACAAUGACGAGACCACCGCGUGGCGUUUGCCAGGAUGCACGAGGGCGUGACACGGAGGGAAGUAGCGCGUCCCUCCGACCUGACGGGCCGGAGAUCAGGAAUGAUGGCGAACGGGAUGAAUGACGUGCUGCUCUCACGGCGAGCCAGAACACGCUAGAACCUUUCAGAUACUACCUUGGGGGGGGCGCCCGGAGAGGAAGUGAAACGUCGGAGUGUCCCGAUGCUACUUCACGCCUCAGACGACAAACUCCGGUCUUGUCCGCUUGUACAGACUACGCAACACUCGUCAUGUUUCAUCUUCUCUCUGGAACUCCAGAAGCUAAAAGUCCUCACACACACGAGCACAAUCCACCGCUGCUUUGGUUUGGCCUUGACGGAAGCCCCGCCCCCGACUCCUCCUCCUCAUGAUAGUGGCUUUUUAUUAGUUCUGACUAGCUAGUCAUUUGCCACUUCCAUUUUUUUUUCUUCUGCGCAUCGCCGCCUACUUUCAAGUGGGAUGCCUUGUUGCCAUGGAUACCGGCCACUGCUACAAUACGUGACUCAUCUCUGUCCCUCACACUUUGUGCUUUCCAGCUCGACACAAGUCCAGGAAAAACUGUUCUCUUGGUUUUUCUUUGCUGAUCCCUUCAUACACUUUAGCUUGCCUGCUACUACGAAUACUGCUAAUACUAAUACUACUACUACUACCAGUACUGCUUGCACUGCGGACGCUUUUAGACAAAAGCAGCAAGGGUAAGCAAAGUUUGUCAGUUGUGGAACAAACAAGCAGCAGGAAGUUGUUCUGUGUGAGAAGCGGAGGUGUGUGUCGGCGUGUCAACAAAGCAGGGACGGGUUGCCAGACCGACGCAGGGACGCUCGGGAGUCGCGUGAAAUGUUGCUCCUGUAUUUAUGUUCCUCUAAAACGGCCCCCGCAUUAUAUUGACACUAUUCUCCGCUCAACUCCCAACAAUUACGAGCCCUGCUCGCCGGCUUUAAAGCACGGUCGUGAUUACUUUGUCAUUUGAAGACAAUGUCGACCGCUUUCUGCUGUUUUUGUUCAUCAACUCCCAGCCAGCCCGUCUGCAUAGGAGUGCAUCGCAGUGCGUUAUUCGCCAUUUGUUAAAUGUUUAUAUUAGGGCGCCAUGACUCAUUUGCAUUUAAACUGCCUUCGUCACGCCGUGGGUUCAUGUGGGACAGCUGCAGCCCAGAUGUUCCCACCAAGGUCAUCCGUCUUCCAGGUACACCCGGCAGAGUAUGGCAAGAAAAUCAGAAAAUGGCAAAAAGGCUCCAUGCGGGAAACUGCAGAUGUUGCAUUUAGGUGUCAUCUGCCGCAUGGAAAUGCGACGCCGCUGCUUUCAUGCCGCGUCUUCUGAUGCGCCCCGCCGCCUCCGCACGUCGUCCCCGCGAUCCUCUGCUGCUGAAUAAUAGAUGCUCCUCUCAUAGAUCUCAGGAGGGCCUCCAUCAGCGCGCCGCAGCGCCUCCUCGCUCCUCUUUCAUCCUUUCACUCCUCAGCAUCCUCAGCCUCUUCUCUCUCUCUCUCUCUCUCUCGCUCACCACCAUGUUUCCCGCUACGCCGCCUCUUGUUCUCACCUCCUUUCUCCACCAGAUCCGUCUGCGCUUGUUUGUAUUUCGGAGGCUCUGCUGGUUCCUCCAUCAUUAGGAGACCAUGAGAACCUUUUUGAUCUAAUCCCAACUUUAGUCAUGUUUAUUUCUUGGAGGGCUAAAUGGAAAAAACUACUAUAAUAAUUGCUUCAAACACACGUUGCUUAUUUAUAUCCCCAAAUAUUCUCCAAACUGCAGUCCUGUGGCUUGUGUGGUUCCGUUUUGGAUCUGAUCUGGCAAACAGGAAAAAAAAAAAAGACCAGACUAUUUUUUUCCACAGGCUUUGGUGGAUGUUUGCUCUUUAUUUGAUGUUUUGGCAGCGGGUCGCGUCGCCUCCCGCUGUAAUCCGGUGCAGACCGCCUUGCUGGCUGGCACCUGGCAGCACCAUCGCUUGUAGAUGUUUGUAGCGACACUCCUGUGGGAAUGUGUUUCCUUCCUUCCUGCCAGCCAGCCACUGCUUUUCCACUGGCCGCUCUCUGGCACGUGACCACACCCAUCACGGCAUCCGCACUUGGAAGUCCUUUUAGUUGUUUUAUGUGGCGUGUGAUUGGAUUCCAAUCAGGAAUCUGGACUACGUCUAUGACAUAAGACUAUGUAAACCACAUACAACAGCAAAUGUGUCGCUUACGGGGGUCUUUUGCACAAAAAGGGACAUUUAAUGUAUAUCAGCUUUUGUUUUCAGGAGCCUGCGGGUGAAUUUUAUGAACUUUACGAGCGUUGUCCAAAUUUCAGAAUGAAUUUGAGUCGGCGCUGUCGCCAAGAAUUCCAGAAGAGGUUUCCUCUCUGAUGACGGCCAGGAAAAGUCUUGUCGUUGCUGACUCGUCGACUCCAAACAUUUUGAUUGUGUUUUCAUCUUCAUCUUGGACAUCUUCUUCUCCUUGUGUCGAGACACUUUGUUUUCUCAAUAAUUUUCUUGCCAAGGAGACAAAGAAAGAAGAUGUGCUUCGGCCUUCUGGCCGAUGUAAAGGACCAGUGUUUGAGCAUUGAGAUUUAUAACUGAGACUUGAGCAAGUAACACAAGUUAAACACUAUUUUUGGGCCCAAAGCUGCUGAGGUGUGAAUGUGUUUGUGCGUGUCUGAGAAAUAAGCUUAAUUGUUUGUUUUCCUUUUUUUUUUUUAAAUUAUUGAUUGUACAGUUUCAAUGCUGUGACUGUUUAAAGAGAGGCUUUUUCACAAUAAAACCAUUGAAUGUUAA